ACGGCGAGGAUAAAGCAAGAUGGCGUCUGACGGUGAAGACCUUAUUGCAGUGUUCUUAAUAUGUGCGUCCAUGUACACAUAUAUGUCCUUUACUACACUCUAUUAAAUAGAGUAAACAUCGUUAGUAACUGUUUGCAUCCGGUUAUAUUAGUCUGAGCGCACUUUGACGCUUCUCGAGCUAGCUUAGCUUGCUAAUUAGCUUAGCUUGUUAGCUGCUAUCAAAGAGAGGCGGAAGUGAUGAAAACACAUCGCUAAGUAGAGAUCAAGUGUGAGUGUAAAGUGUUGUGAUUGUGUGAAAAUGUGCGAAAUAACCAUAGCAGAGUACGAGGAUGAACUUUGUCCAACAAAAGAGGAGAAGGAGCGACAACAUCAAGUUGUGUUACACACAACAGACAUCCAUCAGCUGAUUGGACACCAAGAAGAAUGUCUCCCUCAUCUGCAGGGGGACAGUUUCACUUUAGAGUAUCCACAGCCCUCACAUUUUAAAGGGGAAGAGGAGGAUCCACACAUGAAAGAGGAAGAGGAGGGAGAGUGUGUUGUAGGGCAUGAGGAGGAUGAUGUCAGCAAGUUUCCACUGACUGUUGUCUCUGUGAAGACUGAAGAGCAUGAAGACAAACCACCUGAGUCCUCACAGCUUCAUCACAGUCCAAUCGUCUGUGAAGAACAUCUUCACCCUGAGCAACAGAGGUGGAGCUUCAGGAUGCGGACGGAGGAGCCACAGCCCUCCCACAUUAAGAAGGAAAAGAAAUACCCGCCGAGCCCCCAUUUUAAAAAGGAAGAGGAACACCAACUGAUCUCCCAUUUUAAAGAGGAAGCGGUGGAUCCACUGAGCCCUCACAUUAAGGAUGAAGAGGAGGAACACAGCAUCAGUCAGCAGGGAGAGCAUCUUGAAGGACUGGAGGAGGUUGAUGUCACCAAGAUGCCAGUGACUGGUGUCCCUGUGAAGAGUGAAGGUGAUGAGGUCAAAGGUGAGCGUGAGGAGAAGAGAGAGGCGGAGCCUCCAAGCAGCAGCUCAACACAACACAUGACAACAGAAGCUGAUGGAGACCACUGUGGAGGAUCACAAGCAGACAAGCUCUUAGCUCCACUAUCAGAUAGUGAGGACACAACGUCACACUCUCCUGACACUGAUGAUGAACACUCUAAAGAUGAUAAGACAUGUCACACUGACAACACUCACUUCACAUGUUCUUUCUGUGACAAAACUUUUAAAUACCAUUGUCGUCUGAAAGUACACAUGAGUGUACACACUGGAGAAAAAACUUUUUCCUGCUCAGAAUGCGGUAAAAGUUUUGUAAAAAAUCUAAGCUUAAAAGCACACAUGAGAAUACACGCUGGAGAAAAACCUUUUUCAUGUUCAAUCUGCGGUAAAGAUUUUACUCAAAAGCACAAUUUCAAAGUACACAUGAGAACACACACUGGAGAAAAACCUUUUUCAUGUUCAAUCUGCGGUAAAGAUUUUACUCAAAAGCACAAUUUCAAUGCACACAUGAAAAUACACACUGGAGAAAAACCUUUUUCAUGUUCAAUCUGCGGUAAAGAUUUUACUCGAAGGGAAAAUUUCAAAACACACAUGAGAAUACACACUGGGGAAAAACCUUUUACCUGCUCAGAAUGUGGUAAAAGUUUUGUAAAAAAUGAAAGUUUAAAAGUACACACAAGAACACACACUGGUGAAAAACCUUUUAUAUGUUCAGUGUGUGGUAAAAGUUAUAUAGAAAAACCGCAAUUAAAAUUACACAUGAGAAAGCACUCUGGUGAAAAACCAUACUCCUGUUCAAGCUGCAACAAAAGCUUUCGUCACCGACAAUCUUUUACAGCACACAUGAGAAGACACACGGGAGAGGAAGUGUUGAGUUGCAGUGUGUGUGCUGAAAGAUUGUCUUCUAAGUACCAGUGUAAGAAACACAAGUGUGCUGGUGGGAACAGCAGCAGCAAAUGAAGAUGCAGGAUUUGAAAUAAACUGUCAAGACUUUGACUUUCUAACAACAUCAGCACAUAUAACAUGUGUGACAUCAUUGUCGUGUGUGUAACACAAUCUUGUUAAUAUGAUUCUAACAUUUAUAGAUUAGACACUUCCGAUUAGUGCUUUUAUUUCAGUCAAGUACAUGAGUUAAUAUACACAUUUGUGGACUUUAAAAUGAACAGAUCAAUUUGACUGAAAAGAUGAGAAUAAACAGUACAUAAAAUAUGUUACAUAAAGUAAACAUUUUGUGUAGAUAUUCAUAAUUCACUUUUAUACUUAUAAUAGUGUUUUAUAUGUUUUUUGAAAUAAUGAAGUGUUGCAUAUUUUAUUUUCUAAUUGUAGAUGAUUCCAUAGAUGAACUCCUUUAUAUGAUGUACAUAUUUGUUUUACAUGUGUUCAUACCUUUGCUUUUGAGUACACAUAAAUCCCUCUUAGUUCAUAUGUACUGGUUCACAUCUGAAACAUCUUCUGGACCACUUCUGGAAGCAUAUUAUUAUUUACUUUAUACAUCAUUUGAACAGUUGUCAUUUAUUCAAUUUUAAAAUGUGUAAUUUUAUGAAUCAUUUGUUGGGUCUCUAUAAUCCAUUCUAUUAAUUGUCUUUAUUACUCUCGUGUGUAAUAUGAAUAUUGUUGUGUGAUUGUUUUAUAUGUAUGUCCCCAGACCUUUAUGCAAUAAACAAUGUAUGCUUCAACUA